CAAAUUUAUUCCAUCCCUUACCUUCGUGCUUUUUGCUGCUUCUGCUGGUUCCUUGGUGGUGUUGGCAGAAAUAGCAGCAAGAGGGCUUCGAAGAAAUUCUUAGAAGAAAGAAAGAUGGAGUUGGGAGAGCUGUGGGCGAUCUUCGGUCCCGGCUGCGCCGGUGCCGUAUUCGGUGCUGGCUGGUGGUUCUGGGUCGACGCUGUCGUCUGCAGUUCCGUCAAGGUCUCCUUCGUUCAUUACCUCCCGGGUAUUUUCGCAUCGCUGGCCGCUCUGAUGUUCAAUAGCGUCAGAAAAGAAGACAUUGAUUACUCUCCCUACGAAGAAGGAGAGUGGAGAUUGAAGCUUUGGCUUUUCUUUGCGUAUGUUGUAUCCUUCGUAUCUCUAGCGGCAUCCGUGGGAUUAUUGGUACAAGAUUCAGUAGUGAAAUCUGGUCCCUCAGUGUGGACAGGUGUUGCAGGUGUCCUGCAAUGUGUGUUUGUAUUGAUCAGUGGGCUAAUGUAUUGGACAUCUCAUUUAGACUGAGAUGGGGAAUUGAGAAGCCGACAAUUUGGGUUGGAUAUUAUGAAUGAAACUAUCUUCAAUGUGUGUUUAAUGUCUUGUCAGUGGUGAAGAAGAAAAUCUCACCUCUUGUAAUUCUUUUUUUUUGGUUUGAGGAAGGUAAUCUUCUGUAAAUGUUGUGUUGAUAAUCCUACUAUCGGGUAUGUAAAAAUGGACCCAGCUGAAAUGAACUCUUGCUGAAGGGAUUGUGAUUUAUCAAAUAUAACAGAAGUUACAGGAUAGAGAUCAGUGUGUGACUG